AUGCGUUCAGCAGCUUCCCGCCGUGAAGAAAUUCAGAAAAAGAUAGGGCUGCUUCGUCAGGAGCGGGAGAGGGAGCAGCGAGCCUUUGAAGAACUUGCCUCAAGGAAUGCGGAAAUGACACCCGCAGAGAUAGCUGAAGCUGCACGAAAGAAAGCGAAGGAGGAAGAGACGACAAAACUACAAGUGGGCCAAACUAUCGUUUCCGUUGGGGAUUACGUUCAAACAAUUGACGACGCACGCGCUCUAUUUACAGCAGAGAGCGGGAUCUUCAUUCUUGAUCCUCUGAAACAGGUGUAUCUAGGAGAGAAAGGCAAGGUUGUCUGCAUCUUGCCCUCGUUUCAGGGCAAAUCAGCCGUUGAACUUGUUUUUGCCGAUGGUGCAACCAAAGUGUUUUUAACUGAAUGCCUCGCGUUGGAACAAAACUCAAGGUCAAAAAAGGCGUUUGCACCACCGUUGACACACAAGGAGACCCACACUGAUCCGGAAGACCUUCACGUUCCGGAGUUUGUACCUCCACCGAAGCCUGAGCCUCUUCCACAACCCUCCUGGAGCACAAUUAGUAUGCCUCCCCGCAAGAAUAACCUAAGGCUGAGUAAGUCCGAGCCAACCACACUGGUGGACUCUUUCUCUGCUGUGACUGGUACAACAACAACUGCUGCUGCCAAUAAAGAAGGAACAACAUUGCUUCCCCCGGCAGUGGAGAGGGAUAGCAGGGCACAGGAGGAUGUUUCCAAAGAGGAACCCAAGGAGAACUCUCCGUUCCUUACAGAUCUGGGUCAGCCAGCCCAUGCUCCAUGUCAAACGGGUCCUGAAAAUUUGAAGUCGGGUGCAAGGAUGGAUCUGAGCAUCGGUCUUGUGAAAGAGGUGCUCUCGGGGCGACAACGGGGAGAGGUUUCUGCAAGGGAACAAUUGGGGAGUCCAAUCCAUUUUGACGCGGCUGCAAGCGCGCCGCUGAUGGGCCGAGUUGAGCAGGACAAUCUUCUUAAGACCCCUCGCGUAGAUUUUAUGACGUACAAACCCGAAAAAAGACGGGAAAGUACCUUGACAAGCGGCACCAACGACAGUGCCAUCCCCACACAUUGCCCUACAGUCUACAAGGCAAGGUUUUCGCUGAGCGAUACGACUACAAGGAUUCCUAGGUUUGGCAGCAAAUGUUGUAGGGUGGCAGGCGCGCUUCCACACCAAAUAGGAUUGAAGUUUAAUUCAAUAGUCUUGCAAAAGGAAAUUGACACGCUACAGGCAGUGCUUUCCAGGAUAACGCGUGAGCUGAAAUGGAAUCUCGUGGGUCAUGCAGCGAAACGAUUGUUUACGACAGAUGGAGUAGAGAUCACGAGGGUGGAUGCCAUUCGCAAUGGGAUGUCAUACGUGGUGACACCUGGCUAUGCCUACAGUCCUGAGCCCGUAGUCAACAACAAAUUAAAGAGCGCUAGGCCAACGAUAUCGACAACGACGCUGAAGACAAAGAGAACUCUUGGGAUGGAGAAAGUUAUUCGACCCACAGCGGCCCCAGCCAUGACGGGGGAUGUUGUUGUUCAUACCUCAAAGUUGGAGCUACAACAGGCACCUGUGGCGGCAGCCACUUCUUCGGCUCUGAUAGCACAACCCUCAAAAUCGUCUCCCAGCCUGAGCGGACAGCCAACCCGGCAAAGGGUUUUAGGAAAAGGCAUUGUGAAACCCAUUUCUGUGCGGGUCUUCUCGAAUGGAGAGUAUGGUGAUUCUCGCUGCGACCCAUUUCCUUUCCGCACGGUGACUCUUCGUCCUAUUCAUAAGACGAUGAGGGCGAUUUUCAACACCAUCGAACGUGAUUUGGAGUGGCAUUCUAUGGGGAAGAAAGUUGAAAAAUUAUAUGAUGCUACCGGUUGUGAGAUCACUUCAAUUGAGGAGCUGGUUGACGGACAGGCCAUUGUAGUGUCUACGGGGGAUAAAUUUGUGGUCCCCCACCCGACCAGUGUGCUGCACCAGGACGUGGGAAAACUGUUGGCAAAUUCCAAUGGAAAACUUCCAUUUACUGGCGCUUGCCCACGAGGUGCCUGA